GUAUCGUAAAAGAGUAAAAGAUAGGCCGCUAAUUUCCCUCGGGCCCCUCCCGGGUCCUGUCCGGGACGCCCUUUUCGCACAGACUCAGUGAUAUAUAAUAGUGCUGCGACGUUCAGUACCUAGCACGAAGCCUCAGCUCCUUUCCCAGGCAGACAGACACCCACAGUCGCUCACAACAUGGCCUCAACCUCAUCCAAGCCGACUAUCGUGUUCGCGCCGGGCGCGUGGCACACCCCGGAUUGCUUCGACAUCGUCCGACAUGCACUGCAGCAGCGUGGCUGGGCCACCGAGUCCGUGAACUACCCAACUGUGGGCGCCGAGCCCCCGACCAAGGGCCUUGCGGACGACGCCGCCGCUGUCCGCAGUGCUGUCGAAGCGCUGGCUGACCAGGGCAAGGAGGUCGUGCUCGUCGUGCACUCAUAUGGCGGCCUCGUCGGCGCAAAUGCUGUAGAGGGUCUGGGUUAUAGGCAGCGCGCAAAGCAGGGAAAGAUGGGCGGCGUCAUUAUGUUUGUAUACCUGGCCGCUUUCGUGACGCCAAAUGGCAAGACGAUCAAGGAGAUGUUGGGUGGCCAGUUCCUCCCCUGGAUGAGAUUUGAAGGCAACUAUGUCUACCCAGACACUCCUGAGGUCGUCUUCUAUCAUGAUGUCGAGCCUGAGUUGCAGAAGCAGGCAAUCGCCAAGCUCAAGCACCAAUCGGCCCCUGUUUUCACGGAUCCUGUCACAUACGAGCCGUGGCACGAGAUAGAUUGCAUGUACUUCUUCUGUGACGGCGACAAAGCCCUGCCGCUACCGGUACAGCAGCAGAUGGCGACGUUGUUAGGCCCUGUUGCAGCCUCAUUCCAUACCAAGGGCUCUCACUCACCGUUCCUAUCUGAGGUCCAGGAAGUUGUUGAGGGAUUGGAGCAUGCCGCAAGGGUCGGCCAAGAGAAGAGCAAGGCAUAGAAGUCAAGA